GAAAGUUUUACCAAACGUACAAUAAUAUUGCGUCACUUCCUCAAAUAGCUCCGCUCCCUUCCGUUUCUUUAGAUAAUCACAACAAACAUGGCGACUUACAUACAGGUCGGCAGGUUGUUGGGUAUUUCAGCAAGACUUUCGCGUCCUCUUGUUGGCAGUGGAUAUCAGAGUGCUGGAUUUCACUGGCCUUCACAUAACACAGGAGUCUCUAACAGAUGGCCACAAAACCCCCAUUGGGUUGUCCCUGGAAGGACCAUGUUUGUGCAGACGCAGGACACACCAAAUCCAAACAGCCUAAAGUUUCUGCCAGGUCGUACAGUUCUUGAAUCGGGAACAAUGAACUUUGACAGCCCUCGUGACGCACACUGCUCACCCUUAGUCAGACAGCUGUUCAGGAUUGAUGGAGUCAAGGGUGUGCUCCUGGGCCCAGACUUUAUCACCAUAUCAAAGGCUGAUGCAAAUAUGGAAUGGAAAGUAAUUAAGCCUGAUGUAUUCGCUACUAUUAUGGACUUUUUUACCUCUGGACUUCCUGUUGUAAAUGAGGACAGCCAACCUAGUGUGGAUACAGCUCCAUCAGAUGAUGAUGAUGAAGUGGUUGCGAUGAUCAAAGAACUGCUGGAUACUCGAAUAAGGCCAACAGUGCAGGAGGAUGGAGGUGACGUUCUGUAUCGGGGUUUUGAAGACGGCAUUGUUAAACUGAAGCUGCAGGGCUCGUGCACCAGUUGUCCGAGUUCCAUUGUUACUUUGAAGAGUGGAAUCCAAAACAUGCUGCAGUUUUACGUCCCUGAAGUUGAAUCAGUGGAGCAGGUGAAGGAUGAGGAAGAGGAGGAGGCAGCUCAAGCGUAAUCCACAAAAAAACCAGCCACAUUGUCACAUUCCUCCCUCCUAUGGCUUUAGUCACAAAAGCUGAUGUAUAGCUUAGCAGUGUGAGAGGACUCAACAUCAUCAUCAUUGCAUAAUUAUUCAUCCAGAUGUUAUUAUUGACUUUGUUUAGCUUUUUCUGUUUUAUGACAGUAUUUUAAAAAUUGGAACAGAAGAGCCCAGUCAUAGAAACUGUGGACUACAGAGCUGAAUUAAAUGGUAUUUAUUUAUUUCAUAUUAUUACACCUUUUCUGAAUCAUAGACUUGUCAACACUGCCAUUAGGGUUAAACUACAUAGACUGUAUGUACAUAAAUAAAGGUUAUUGAAAUAUUUUA